UCCGUUUCUAGCCAGCCGGUGGUGUCACUCAACAACAAUCGUGGAGACUUCAAAUCAUUUCAAAUAAUACCUCACACUACUGAGUAGGGAUUCCAUUAGAGAAAAGCUGUCCAGCUGUUUUAUUCUGAUGGUCAGCCAUGGAUGAAGAUGACAGCCAAGAUGAGCUGAUCAACUGCAGUACAUCCCACAGCAAAGGAAAAAGGGCUGCCCUGUGGGCCAUCUCAGAUGACUCUGACAAUGUUGAAGAGGAGUCUGGGGAGGGAGAAACUGACAGUGGUGAGGAAGAAGAGGAGGAUCAUGUAGACGGAGAGGAGGAGGAUGAUGAUGAUGAUGAUGAUGAUGAAGAGGAGGAGGAAGAUGAGGAGGAUGAUGAGGAAGAGGAGGGAGAUGCUAAGGCUGAGGAUGGAGCUUUUGGGAUAACCUCUGCCGACGUUGCAGGGAUGAGCUCGGAUGAGGACACUGAGAAGUGUCCCAUCUGCCUUAACUCAUUCAGCAGCCAGCCUGUUGCAACACCAGAGAACUGCGAGCACUACUUCUGUCUCGACUGCAUCCUCGCAUGGGCCAAGAAUGCAAACUCGUGCCCUGUAGACCGUAUUGCCUUCAACAGCAUAUACCUAAGGAAAUGUUAUGGAGGCAAAGUGAAGAAAAUGAUCACAGUACAAAAGCCUGCAAAGGAAGAACAAGAGGAAACGGUAAAUUUGGACCUGGAGCAGACCAGCUGUGAGGUGUGUGGGGGCACUGACCGUGAGGACCGCCUCUUGCUCUGCGAUGGCUGUGAUGCUGGGUAUCACAUGGAGUGUCUCACACCACCUCUUGACUCUGUUCCUGUGGAGGAAUGGUUCUGCCCUGAGUGUGAAGCCAACAACCGUCACUCGAGGGGUUCAGCUGAGGAACUUAGUGAUACAGAGAGCCUACCUUCUACUGCCCGUCCCGCCACCAGUCGCUUACAGUCCGGCGCUGCAGGUCCCACCAGAGCUAUCGCCCGAACUCAGCAGAGCGAAAGGGUUCGAGCUAAUGUCAACCGACAUCGCAUCACACAGGCACGGACAUCACAGUUGGCUCCCACGUAUAUGAUUCAGUCCACUUGGCUUGAUGAGACUAUUAAUGCUGUGGUGGCUGGGCUCAAUUCGGCUGUGUAUAUACGGGACUUAACACCACGCGUCCCAUCUAGCCGCAGGCGCAAGACCAGGAAGCGCAGAAAAGUUAGAAGCAAGAAGACCUCUUCUGCCAAGGGUAAAACCGGUAAAUUAGCAACUACAGGAGUCAAGAGGAGGAAGCGGAGAGUGAGGAAGACUAAAUCCAGAAAAAAGCUGAUGUUGAAAAAGGCUGCCACUCCUCGAAGCCGUAUUGCUAGUAAUCUGAGAAUUGUAAAGGACAAGAAGAGCUCUUCACUUCCUACAGUAUAUCGGCCAUCAGAGCACACGCUAAGCAGCAUGCGCGCUGACAUAGGUGCAGCAUCCCUCUCUAUCUAUGGAGAUCCAUUUGACCUGGAUCCAUUUGUGGAUCGUCAGGAGGAAGAGCAGCAGGCCCACAUUACAUCGCUGUUGGAAGCCAAGAGGCGAGGGAUCUCUCGCUCUGCUCUUCGCUCUCACCAGCCUGUAGCUCGACCAGUCACUGCAAGCCUAUCCGGGAGAGGAAUGGAUGUUCCCCAAUCAAGGAGUGUUUUUGAGGCGGCUCCUGUACCCGACCUACUGGGCAGCAUCCUAUCGGGACAGAGCGUCCUCUUAAUGGACAGCUCUGAUGUUGUUAUUAAUCGAGAUGGUUCCCUCAAAGCUACAAAGCCAAUGAUGCCAUCUGUGUCAAACCGAGGUUGCAGCAAUAGCAGUAGCUCAGGAGAAGCCAGCACCCAGAUCAGCCCGGUGAUGUCACCCAGCCAAGGAGACAGGUCUCCGUCUCUACACUACAACGCAGACCUACCAGGAUCCUCCCAUAGCUCCAUAAACAGACCUUUCUCCCAGAGCUCUUCUCGCUUGCAACCCUACAUGCCCUCCUCAGCCAGCCACAUCCAACCACCUUCCCAUUCUGAUUUACCACCCCGAGGCCAUCCAAGUUUGCAGCUACCUCGUCCAAUCAGACCCACGCACCCUCCUGGUCACCAGAGAACCAAUGGGGUGAGAGCCCCCAGCCCAUCCUCAUCCACCAACUCCUCCGUGGACUCCAGCUCCAAGAGCAAGGGAAUGGCCUCAUCACAGUCUAAAAAAGCACCUACAAAGCCCAUGUGGGUAGACGUGUCAGUGCUUCCUAGGAUACCAAAAAUAAAAAGGGAGAGCAGUGGUAUCACAAAGGAUGGCACUAGUCAAGAUGGCAGCAGUGGGAGUAAUCGCAGCAGCAGCAGCAGCAGCAGCAGCAGCAGUAGUAGUAGUAGGGGAAAUAGUAGUAAUGGUUGUGUCACUCCAGAAACAGGCAUGAACAGCCUUGCUGGGGACCAGGGAAGGCAGCAAAGUGUAGAUCAGCAAAAGGGCAGGGCUGACGGUCAGGCCCAGAGGCAGAGGCCUGACGGAGCCAGCUCGUCCUCAGCCUUCUCCAACUCCUUCUCCUCUUCCUCCUCCACUGGUUCUUCUGCUAGCCAGCCACAUUAUUCCUCAUCUUCCUCGUCUUCCUCAUCUUCAUCAGCAGCAGUGAGCUUCCGCAUCAACGCCAGUGGGAACUCCUGGCAGUCGAGGCGGCUAAGCAGCUCGUCAUCCUCUGCUGCUGGAGGAGGCGGCACGCAGGCACCCCGGCGAGAAAAGGAAGAUGAAGCAAAAAAGAGACAGCUGCACAGGGAUAAACAGAUGCUGUUGGCAUCACGUACGCUGGUCCAUAAAGACCAAGACAGCGAUAAUAUCUACGAUCCCUAUAAUCCCACCCUGUCAGAGUCUAGCAGCUCAGAUGAUGAAGCUGAGAGCACAAGCCUGGAUGGCAGCUCCCUACAUGCCACACGGGAGGGGAAGGCCCCAAGUUUAGGAAACAAGAAGGGUUUAGUGCAGAGCAAGCAUGACCUGGUUCCUGUGAAAAUUGAAACAUGGGAGACUGAAGUCUCAUGGGAAGAUCCAGGGAGAACUAGUUCUCAGGAAACCACAUCAUCGGAGGUCAGAUUCUCAGAAGAGUACGUCAAGGUAGAAAAAGAAUCUAGAUUAGUGGACACUAAGAAAAUGUUACUAGACACUAAAGUUAAGAAGGAGCCAGGGUUAGAUGAUGCAGGGGAAGCUGAAAGGUUUGGUCACAGUGUAAAAAGUUUGAAGUCCGAGAAAGCAGACACCACACCACCUGUUCAACACAGCCUGGAUCUUUUAAAGACUGAGAGGGGGACUCUCGAGGAGGAGAGUGGACAGAGCGUUGGCACUCUAAACAGUGAUCCCCCUGACUGUAGGAACGAUUCAUCAGCAUCUAACUCUGCUCCCGCCAAGAAAAAAGAAACCAAAUCCAAUUCCAAAUCCUCUCCCAAGUCAAGAGAUUUGGGCCUUAAGAAGAAGGCCUUUCAAGCUUCGAAGGAGAGACGCUCUAGCAGUUCAGAGACCGACCGAGGCAGGAGAGAAGACCGUCAUGUCUCAGGCCAGGGAGGCCGACGGAAAGAAAGGGAGAAGGACCGAGAGACGAGUUCAAGGCGGUCAAGGUCCAGAGAGAGGAGAAGGGCACACUCGGUCUCAGAAAGCUCUCAGUCCGGUUCCCCUGAUAGGACUCGCGGAAAGAGACGUCGGUCCCGGUCCAAAGACAGGAGGCGAUCUAGGUCUGGUUCCGGCUCUAGCAGCAAAGAGCGUUCGAGGAAGAAGCAUAAACGAAGUAGCAAGGAGAGAAAUGAUGGCAGAGAGAGAGACUAUGAUAGAAGACGGGUGUCAAAGGACAAGAGACAUGGUUGGUCUCGUUCAAAAUCUUCUUCAAACUCACGUUCCAGAUCCAGAUCCAGAUCAAAGGACCAUAAGCGUCGGUCUUGCUCAAAAUCACGGUCAAAGUCACGCUCCAGAUCCAGGGAAAGAAGGAAAGACCACACACGGCCGCAACAAUCGUCUCUCUCCUCCAGAGACCAUGUGGAGUCGCGGUCAAAAGACAAGAGGAGACGCAGGUCUAGAUCCAGCUCAAGAGAGAAAAGGAAAGAAGUAGGAUCAUCAUCCAAGACUUCUCAGAGAAGUUCAGGGUCCUGUGUUUUGUCCUCUAAAGACACAAAACGGUUACAGGACAUCAAAAAAGGGAAGGAGAUCACUCAAAACUCCCUCAAAGAGGAAAAAAUUGCCACAGUGAAUAAACAGAAGACUCCCUCCUGUACUGCCGCUUCUAAAGUUGGAAAGAAAGGCCAAGACUUAAGGGGAGACGACCAGGCCACAACAAAAGAAAUGGCGGGAGAGACGAAGGUCGGAAAAGAAAUCAAGAAAGAAAAAAAAACAUCUCUUGAUAUGUUUGAAGAUUCUUUUUCUUUUACUAAACCAAUUAAGAAAGAAGAAACUGACAUUCAUGCUUUGAUGGUAGCCAAAAGCAUAGAUGAAGAGUUAAACAGAGAAGACCCCAUCAAGACGGAGUGCUUUGAAAUCAAGACUGAGCCCUGUGAAAUCCCCAUAAUUAAAACUGAGCAAAGUUCCCCAGAAAUAUGCCACAUACCCCCUGUCACCUCAUUUUCUACACCGACCACACCGGUUACAGCAGUCGGUCUGCAUGAUGCAGUCUCUCGGUCUCACCCAGAGUUAAUGGCCUCCAGAGAACAACCAGCCACUGUUGGGUUGACCGUCCCUGUAAAGCAGGAACUUCGGCAACCCUCAGACUCCGACGAUGACUUUAAUGUUGACGUGAUGCUAGACAACCUGGACUAUGUGAAGCCUGAGAGCACAGAGGAAAGUGGCGCCUCUGUCAAACGAGAGGAGGAAGUAGAGGAGGGGAAGAAUGAACAGGUAUCGACUGUAGUGGGAGCAAAAGCCAAGACUCAAGUGAAGAGGGUUACCUGGAAUAUACAGGAGCCUCAGGGGCCUCAACCAGAGAAAUCCGCAAGCAAGCUGUCUCUGUAUAAGUUGAAGCUAAAGCAGGAAGGCGCUCGCAGACCCCCUUCAACAGUCCAGACAUCCAGUCAGGACAUCACUGGAGCUGUCAGUCACCCCUCCAAGAGGGGUGCUGUUGGUCCUCUCAGUUCCUCCUCUACUUCUGAUGGUGUACAAGGGGAGGAAGGGCAUUUGUAUUUGAAGAAGCUGCACAUGCAGGAGAGAGCUAUAGAAGAGGUGAAGCUCGCCAUCAAGCCUUUCUACCAGAGGAGAGACAUCAACAAAGAUGAAUACAAAGAGAUUGUACGCAAAGCUGUCCAAAAGGUGUGCCACAGCAAGAGUGGGGAGAUCAACCCAGUGAAGGUGGGCAAUCUGGUCAAGGCAUACGUUGACAAAUACAAACACGCUAGGAAACACAAGAAAGGAGAGGACAUGGGGCAGGUACAGGAGGCUGAGGCCAUCAGGACCUCUGGUAGCCCAUGAGGCAAGGCAAGGACCGCAACACCCACUGCAGACACUUAUUCAUACGUUUUACUUUGUGUUCUACCACCGGGUGUGAUCUCAAACUCUCGGACAAACCCAAUCCAACCGGCUUUCUAGGAUUUGCUCAAAGCUCCAAGGUGCAGCUAUAAAGUUGUGCUUUCUGGCUUAACUGAAUUUUGACUAAACCCUUUUGUUGAUCACUUGAACUGCACCUAUUGAUGUCUUGUGCUUGGACAGUCACUGCCAGGAACUGGUCUCUUUGUGUAGUACAGCUCAGAAACUUUAUGGGAGACCUUGAGGUUGUGCCUUAAAGAGGCAAAUCUCAAAGCCCCUCCCAUGGAGUGAUAAAUCAGGUAGCUUUCUCCACAGGCAUAUCACUGGGAGGAUGCAGCGUGGGCUUUGAGGUUCAUACGGCUGUUUUUGUUUUGUGGGAGCAAAGGUGUAUUUAUCAGUGGCAGAACAAAUUUUGUUGGUUAAGGAGUGCUAUAAAAGUGUGCAGAAUAUGCAUAUAAAUAGGUUUGUCACAUUAAGGAACAACACUGUUAUGCAAUUUUUGUAAACAUUUAUCGGAGUAAUUAAACAAUUUUAGAUUUGGUUGUAAAUAAUAUAGAUUUGAUAUAUCCACUUAUAUGUUCCUUUCGUCUGUGUUGCCUGUUGCGAAUGACUAAAAAUGGUUCUAGUAUAUAGAGUUGAUUGGUUUAUGUUUUGUAUUUGAAAGCCUCUGUUAUCCGUCUUCCACAUCCCUACUAUCCAUCUCUAAUGAGCUACAUAUAGUCCAGCGUACUACAGAUGAACGUGCAGCAGUUUGAAAUGAAUAAUGGAGUCGCUGCUAUCAAAAAACAGCCUCUUCUUUUUGGGCAUAUUUGCUUUUUUUAUUAUCUAAACAAACUUUUGAAUCUCAGCAUUAUCCAUUUUUCAACCCAUCACUGAUGUAGAAAACCAGGGAAUAUUUAGUUGGCAAACUAACUUUUUUUUUUUGUAUAAUGGAGACUCCAUAAUGCAUGAUGUAUGAGUGAAAAGGGUUAUAGUACAGACUUCAUGUCUCAAUGGCUGAGUUGCAGUCCCAAUUAUCUUUCAAAAAUGUUAAUGUCUAUAUUUUGUCACCGUCUUCACCUGGUGCUGUCAUGUGAUUUUAACUACCAGGUUGUUUUUGUAUUUAAUGUAAAGUAUAUUAAGCUAAUUUUUAUUGGCAUGCUAUUGUUUUGUGAGAUCAAUGUAUAGCCCAAUUUAAUAAAAAAACAAUAACAUCUCACAGCAAUUUCCAAGGUAGGUAUAAUAGAAGUGAACGCAUACUUCACUACUACAGUACAACAUAAAAAGAAUCAUUUUAGUGUUCACCUCGAGGUGUCUGCAGUACUUAAUUAUGACUGCUUUUGUCAUGUCUUUAACCUGAACCUCCGUCUGGAUAUCCUUUACUGCUCUGCUGUGCUGUCUUCACCAGAAUUCUCCAUGAGAAACUAAUUCUGCGUGUUCACCAUUUUGUUGUCUACAGUAGUUUGUUUGCCAACUGUAAAGAUGA